GCAAGAGCGGUGCUAACCAGCCAGAAGGUGUGUAUAGCAAGAGCUUCCCCUAGCAUUCCCCAAAUCUGGCCGGAUCAACAUCGAUUACAAGCCAGACUAGUAGGUGGCUGUUCUUUGGUUCUGUCCAAAAAGGAACAACAAGGACAUCUCCAGCUGAAGAUUUAAUCAGCUACUUGUCAUCAACAACAAGUUAGCACACUCUCGGUCAUACCUGGGCUCCAUGAGAGUCCAGGAUCUGUACGACUAAGCUUCAAUUGCAACAACACCAGCCGAACACCAGGUCUCUUUGUUUUUCUGCGAGGAUCUGUGAAACUAUUCUGAUAGUAUCAGAUUCUGACCUGCACAAGGAGAUCACCAAGAUCGACUGGAUCUAGGCAGAGGCCAUCCUAAUUAUAUCGAGGAAGAAUAUACAACUAGGCCAACGACGUUACCAUAUAUCGGAAACUAAUGGCGGAGAUUGUGAUUCUUCUAGCCAUUGAAAAGAUUGGAACUGCCUUAGCAAAUGGAGCAGCAAACCAGGCCAGCAUGCUGUUUGUGAAGUAUGGCACACAACUAGUAGAGUUACAGCGCGGCAUGGAUUGUGUUGUGAGGGAGCUUCAUCUAAUGCAUGAUUUUCUCUGUCAAAUGGACAUUCGAAACCGCAACAAACAAGCACAUGAGAGCUGGCUGGAGGAGGUACGGAAAGUAGCACAUCUGAUGGAGGACAUGGUGGAUGAGUAUUUGUAUCUAGUUGGUCGGGAACAUGAUAUGGGGUGUUGCUUUUACUUGAAGAAAGGGUUCAAAAAGCCAAGAUUUCUAAUUUCUUUGAACCAAAUAGCUGUCAAGGUGAAGGAAAUAGAGAAAGACCUUUUGCACCUGUCAGAGACCAAAAACCGUUGGGUUCACGUGGAUGAUGUGGAUACUAGCAGCUCAAAUUAUAUUGUCAAGAGGUCCCAAGAACUAGCAGAAACCUCACGCUUGAUUGAUGAUGAAGAUCUAGUUGGGGUAGAUGAAAACAGAGAAAAACUUGAGAAGUGCUUGGCAGGUGAUGAUUUGCAAUGCUCUGUGGUAGCACUACUCGGAAUGGGAGGGCUUGGCAAAACAACUUUAGCUGCAAAUGUCUACAAUAAGGCGAGAGCAAAAUUGCAGUGUCAUGCCUGGGUCUCCAUCUCUCAAGUUUAUUCUAGAGAAGAUGUCUUGAGGAAUAUAACUAAGGAACUUUUUAAAGAUAAUUCGAGUGUUCUGUCUAGCAUGGUGGGUAUGGAUAUCAUGAGCCUUAAAGAGAUGUUGAAGAAAUUUCUGGAGCAACGGAAGUAUUUGAUCAUAUUGGAUGAUGUUUGGACUCCGGAAGUAUUUGAUGAUUUGUCUAGCAUGCUUAUUCAAAGUUCUAAGGGCAGUAGACUGAUAAUUACAACAAGGGAAGCCCGAGUUGCUGCAUUUGCUUCUCAAGGAUGUAUCUUAACACUUGAACCUUUAUCGGUGGACAAUACAUGGAGUCUCUUCUGUAAAAAAGCCUUUCCAAGAGAUACAAAUCAUGCAUGUCCUGCAGAGUUGAAGCCCUUAUCCGAGGAAAUAGCUAAGAAGUGCAAAGGCUUACCUCUUGUCAUUGUGUUAGUUGGUAGCCUCUUACGUGUGCGUGAAAAAACUGUGGAAGAAUGGAGAGAAAUAAGUGCCCAGUUGAGUUGGGAGCUAAUUAAUAAUGCAAUGCUUGAUCAAAUAAGAAAUGUUUUGCAUCUGAGCUUCAUCUACCUCCCAACACAGUUGAAAAGUUGUUUCCUAUAUUGCAGCUUAUUUCCGGAGGACUAUCUUUUCAGAAGGAAACAACUUAUACGGUUGUGGAUAGCAGAGGGGUUCAUCGAGGAGAGGGGUGAAAACACAUUAGAAGAAGUGGCAGAAUGCUAUUUGAGGGAGUUGGUUAAUAGAAACAUGCUACAACUUAUUGAGAGGAACACAUUUGGCAGGAUGAGGAGAUUUAGAAUGCACGACAUCUUACGUGAUUUGGCUGCUGAUUUAUGCAAAAAGAACUGUUUUGGUGUGACAUAUCAGGAUAUAUGCGGGGGGUCCCUUAAGAUGGGUGGGCGCAGAUUGGUGCUUCACAAAUUGAAGAAGGGUACACUUCAGUCAAUUUCUGGUAUACAUCAACUUCGAACUAUGAUUACACUGGAGGAUAGUAUUUCUUCGUUCACUCUACUAGUUCAGCUUUGUAAGGAGUCAAGAUAUAUGACAGUGCUAGAAUUAUGUAGUCUAGCCGUAGAUAAGAUUCCAAAUGCUAUUGGAGAUCUUUUUAAUCUCCGCCAUUUGGGUUUGCGUGAUACAAAAGUGAAGAUGCUGCCGAAGUCUAUUGAGAAGCUUUCAAAUUUGUUGACACUGGACCUUGGUCGAUGUGACAUACAUGUGUUGCCUUGUGGGAUUAUGAAACUAAAUAAGCUUAGACACUUGUUUGCUGAGAAAAUAGUCGGUUGGAGAGAGUUUAAAUGUGGCAGUGGUAUGUGUAUACCCAAUGGUCAUGGAAAUCUAAUAAACCUGCAGACCCUACAAGCAUUAGAAGUACAUGAUGAAUCUGCUAGACAUUUAGGGGAGCUGAAGCAACUAAGAAGCUUGAGGUUAUGGAAUGUGAAGGGAGCCUACUGUGGAGACAUCAGUAAGUCUCUUGUUCAGAUGCAGUAUUUGUCCUACCUAUCUAUGAGUGCAAGUGAUGAGGACGAGGUUCUAUUCUUGAAUGUCUGCCUGCCAAACCUGCUAAAGCUAUCUUUGAGAGGACGACUAACGGAAGAGGCAUUGGAUGAGUCCCCUCUAUUCCAAACUGUUGGUGCGCAGAACUUGUGUGAAUUGGAUCUAUUUUGGUCACAACUGAGAGAAAACCCGCUGCCAUCCCUUUCUCGGCUGUCAAACUUGAUGCGUCUACAGUUCACCAGAGCAUACAACGGAGAGCAGCUGACAUUUCUCACUGGAUGGUUUCCCAAGCUAAAGAUUCUAGUUCUAAGAGACCUGCUUAAUCUGAAUCGGCUGGAGAUACAGCAAUUAAGGUGCCAUGGCCAGCCUGAAAAAAAUAUUCUUAAUCAACCUCAGCAGCAUGACGGAGAUCCCACAUGGCAUUGAGUUCCUCAUGCCCCUCCAGUAUCUAGGCUUCCUCAAGAUCAGCAACGACUUCUUGACGUUGCUGAGCCAAUGUUCCGCAACUCGAGGAAAGGCGCAGUAUACUCUCCGAGAUUAACCUGCCACUGUGGUCGGGAAAUGUGUAGGUCACCGGACGAAAGGAAGAUGCUUCAUUAUUUGGGCAGGUGCACAUUCAGUCCAAUGAGUUAAGGCUCCGCGUCUGGGUUUCCUCUGCAGUUGCAAAAUGUACAACCGAACGUCUGCUGUACCUCCACUGUUACUAUGUUCGUGAGACUGUUAGCGAAUUGUGUUUCCAUGUUCAAACUAAUUUACAUACUGCUAUCCUUGUGUACUUAUUGCACGACAGACUGGGUCGUGUUUCCAUCUUCAGGCUUUUUUGUUGCAUUAUAUUAACUGUUUGAACAAUGUACUCGUA